AUGAAUGACCUGCAGUUUUGGAAUGCCUCUGGAAUGUCAAGUGACUACAGCUCCCUGUCUGUGGAAUACAGUGUCGGCAGCUACAAAGUCCUGUUCCGAGAACGCAAUUCCCCAGUGAGGGAGCCUGAACCCAUCGUGGAAUUUGACUGUAAAGGAAAAAAGGCCUUAAAAGAUGAGAAAUGUAGUGAUGCGGGGCCUAUCAAACAGAAGAAAAACCAUGAGCAGAAGCAUGGAGGUGGCAGUGCAGUGCAGGCUUUAUUAGAGCAAGUACGUGUACACGUCCCUGAACUGUGGCGAGAGACAAUCAUUCCUACAUCAUCCCUAAGCUUAAGGAUUCCUGAGCCUGACCUCAACAAGCAGAUGUUUGAUGCCAAGAAUAUGUCGGCUGCCUGCGAUCCCUGCAAUGGCUGCUACCUAAUGGCAGCUGCCAUUGUUAGUGGCUGCAUGUCCAUGAGGGAGGUGGAUGAGCAAAUGUGUCACAUCCAAAACAAGUACAGCAGCUACUUUGCUCAUUGGAUCCCCCACAAUGUGAAAAGAGCUGCCUGUGACAUCCCACCUCUUGAGCUAAAAAUGUCUGUUACUUUCACCAGUAACAACACGGCCAUCCAGGAGCUGUUCAGGUGUAUCUUGGAGUAGUUCACGGCCAAGUUCAGGUGCAAAGCCUUGCUGCACUGGUACUCAGGCAAGGGCAUGCUUGACAUGGAGUUCACUGAGGCCGAGAGCAACAUGAAGGACCUGGUGUCUGAGUAUUAACAGUACUAAGACACCACAGAGGAGAAGAGAGAGUUUGAGGAGUGGGCUGAGGAGAAGGUAGCUUAG